GAAACAAGUGGGUUCAGUAACAUCUGCUGAAAGAGGAGAGCUUGUCACUGUGGCCUGUGCAAUAAACGCCACUGGAAAUGCAGUCCCACCCAUGUUCUUUUUCAAGGACAGCCUUAUGAACGCAUCACCAGCAGGUUCCAUUGGUCAUUGUACAAAGUCUGGAUGGAUGAAGAUGCCUUCCUCAUCUUCCUGGAGCACGUCAUCCGCCACACCAACUGCUCCACCGAUCACCCAGUCCUGCUCAUUCUGGACAACCAUGAGUCUCACAUCUCACUCAAGUCAGUGACAAUUGCUAAAGAGAAUGGGGUCAUUAUGCUCACCCUGCCACCUCACACCUCACACCUCACACCGCUUGCAACCAUUAGACAAAACUGUCUAUGGACCACUCAAAACCUACUAUAACCGAGCGAUGGAUGGGUAGAUGUGAUCGCAUCCUGGGCGAACCGUAUCGAUCUACGAGGUCCCGGAACUUGUGAAGCAAGCGUUCCUCUCUGCAAUGUCACCAACAAACAUAACCUCAGGUUUCAGAGCAACGGGCAUAUACCCUUUCAACAGGGACAUCUUCCCGGAAGAAGACUAUGCACCAUCAAUGGUGACAGACAGGGCAAAUCCAGAAGAUGAACCCAGUGCCACUGCUGACCUGCCUGGAGAAGAGCCCUCCACCAGUGCAGCUGCUCACCUGCCUGGACCAUCGCAUGAGCCAACACAUGUCACAGCAGGUCCAGACCCAGGAGAGCCACCUGCCACUCUGCCAAAUCCCGAGCAUUCAUCAAGUGACAAAUCUGGUUCUUCUGCUCACUUGGGUUAUGUGUUUCCAGAAGUCAUUGUUCCCUUGCCAAAAGCCACAGAAAGAAAGAACAGAAUUGUAAGAAAGAAAGUGAAAACAAGAAUCGUGACCGACACACCUGAGAAGAUGGAGUUGGAGAAGGCUAAAAAGGAGAUAAGAAGAUAAGAAGAUAAAAAGGCUGAACAGGAAAAGAAAAGAAUGAAAGAGAGAAGAAAAGGGCUCUGAAAGCUGCAAAUCAAACCAAAACCAAGAAGGAAACGGUUGUGUACAGUAGCUCGGAAGAAAGCUCCACCACCGAUGAUGAGGCAGAAGAUGGCCUGGAGAAGACACACGGCAGAAGAAAAGGAGUGGAAAUAAGAAGGGGGCUCUGAAAGGGUGAAAACCAACCAAACCCAAGAAGAAAGUGCUCUCCAGUAGCUCAGAAGAGAGUGACUUUCCGAUUCCAUUUAGCGAUGCCACUGAUUUUGAGAGUUCAGAUAUCCAGAGUGAUGAUGAUGAUGGUGACAAGGAUCUGUCUGCUGGUGACUUUGUCAUUGUGAAGUUUGCAGAAACAACCAUGUACAACAAUGAAGAGAUCCGGAUCGUGAUGGUGGGGAAGACCGGAGCUGGGAAGAGUGCAGCAGGAAACACCAUCCUGGGACACAACUGCUUUAAAUCUGUUUUCUCCCCUGAAUCUGUGACCACAGACUGCGCUAAGUCGUAUGGUGAGCUGGAUAGACAGAAGGUUUCUGUCAUCGACACUCCAGGUCUGUUUGACACCAAUACAGAUGAAGAGACGACACGUAAAAAUAUCUCCCAGUGUAUGGCUUAUGCUUCUCCUGGACCACAUAUCUUUCUGAUUAUCAUCAAACUGGGCCGAAUCACAGAAGAAGAAAAGAAGACGGUGGAGAAGAUUCAGAAAAUCUUUGGAAAGUCAGCAGACAAAUACAGCAUGGUUCUCUUUACCCAUGGUGACCAGCUCAGUGGGACUAUCGAGGAGUUCUUGAAGGAAAGCAAAGACCUGCAGAAGCUUGUGGCCAAAUGUAACGACCAGUACCACGUCUUUGAUAACAAGCUGUCUGAUAGUUCUCAGACCAGAGAGCUCCUCAACAAGAUCAGAAAAAUAACAGAAAAGAACACAGGAAACCAUUACACCACUGAGAUGUUUCAGGAGGCAGAGAGGGCGAUUGAAGAGGAGAAACAGAGAAUCCUGAAAGAGAAAGAAGAGGAAAUGAGGAAAGAGAGGAAGGAACUAAUGAGGAAAAUAGUGGAAAAAUUUGAGCAAAGGAUAAAGGAAGCAAAGGAAGACGCGGAGAAGGAGAAACAGCGAAUCCUGAAAGAGACUGAAAAGCAAAAGUGCAAAGAGGAGGAACUAAAGAGGAAAAUAAAAGAAAAACAUGAGAAAGAACUAAAGGAAGCAGAGGAAGACACUAAGAAGGAGAAACAGCGAAUCCAGAAAGAGAAAGAAGAGCAAAAGUGCAAAUUGAAGGAGGAACUGGAGAGGGAAAUAAAAGAAAAACAUGAGAAAGAAUUAAAAGAAGCGAAGGAAGAGAUGGAAAAAGAACUAAAAGAGAAAAUGAAAGCACUGGAGGAAGAACAGGAAGAGAAGGCUAGAAGAGAGGCAGAGAAGAGCUCUUCAGUGCUCGCAAAGGUUGGUCGUGGACUUGCAGCUGUGGGGGCUGCUGCGGCUAGGUUGGUUGCGGGGGCUGUGGCGAUAUUUAAAAAAUAACUACAGCUCAUUGUAUCCGACCUGAUGUACAUUAUAAUGUCAGUGUUUGAAACUGAUCUGUUGUUUCUCAAAUUACUCUCGCCUUUUCUUUUAGACAUAUUUUGAACACAAAACUAAAAGACUAAAGGGACUUUCAGACAGGACGCGG